AUGGUCAUGAUGCUGUUGACCCACGGUAAGCUCAUUUGUAAGCUACCCGAAGCCAUCAACGUCACUCCUCGUUCACUCACUACAUUGCUUGGCCUUUCCUCACCCACAUCCAUCUUUCGUGUCUCUUAUCAGACCUCGAGUGCAUCAAACGCCAGGAUGACUUCCAAGCCAUCAGCCAUCAUGCAGGCCCUCCAGACCACACUCAACUCAGGUCCAGCAAAGCAGCUUGACGACGCCAGCUACCAGCCCAGAUACCAGGAUUACUGGUAUGUAGACACAGACGAAGAAUGGCAGCCUAGCUCCGCACAGCCUUCCUCAAUUGCCAAAAAGGGACAUCCCAUAGACCCGAAGGCCAUACGUCUGAUAUCAUGGAACAUCGACGUAUUGAUUGGAUUUGCGGAACAGCGUAUGCGCGCCGCCCUAAGAUACAUGCAUGAAGUAGUUACCUCGACACCAGCAGAAACUGCAGCCGUAGUGUUUCUACAAGAGAUGGGCCAGUCUGACCUGAGGCAAAUACGUGAAGCAGAAUGGGUCAAGCAGCGCUUCAACAUCACCGAGUUCGAUCAUCGGAAUUGGCUUGGCCCAUUGUAUGGCACAACUAUCCUUGUGGACCGACGCCUCACAAUCAAGAAUGUAUUUCGCGUGCCCUGGGUCAGCAAAUUCGACCGAGACGGGCUAUCCGUGGACAUCGCCUUGUCAAGCGCGCAGUCAGGUAACGGCAAUCGAGAGGUCCUUAGACUUUGUAACACGCACCUCGAAUCCCUUGUCGCUGAUCCUCCAGUCCGUCCAUUGCAACUAGCUGCCGCGUCGAAGAUCUUGAAAGAGACUGGUGUUGCGAGUGCACUCAUAGCUGGUGAUUUCAAUGCUAUCCAGCCCUUUGACCGCACAUUACACAGCGAAAACGACCUCAAGGAUGCCUAUCUAGAGCUUGGAGGCCAAGAAGAUAGCGACGAUGGCUUCACAUGGGGAUACCAAGUUCCGCAAUGGAUGAGAGAUAAGUUUGGCUGCAGUCGCAUGGACAAGAUACUUCUCCGGGGCGACGUACGGCCGAAGAGCUUCGAAAGGAUAGGCGUGGAUGUUAAGGUCGCUGAGGAAGAGAGGGAUAAGGUGCAGAAGGAGAUUGAGGGUGGAUGGGUAACUGAUCACUAUGGUGUCAUGGGAGACUUUGAGUUUACGGAAGGAUGGGAGCUGCAGACAUGA